CAAAGAUUGUUCCGCAUCAUUAUGUCCAACAACAACAACGCCGACACUGGAACCAACGGUCCUUUAAACAAUAGACUAGACAGCAAUCUUGAAGCAGACAUCGCUCAUUUGAACACUCUUCUGUUAAACGGCUCAUUGGACGGUAGUCAUGAAACAGAAGACUUGAUGGAAAUCCUGGCACGUCUGGAGAGUGCUGAUGGUAUGGCCAAGGGCAUUGAAGAGAAAUUGGACGGGAUAUUGGGAACCUUGGAUAAUCUCUUGACAUCCCUUGAGACCCGUGAUGAGGCGAGCAUUACAGAGAAGACGAUAUCAGAAGAGGCAGAACGAGUCACCACCUCAUCAACAGAGAGCAAGACAACUACCGACGAGCCUACCCUCUCGCGCUAGCAAGAUGGUCCCUGCAUUAUUCACAACGUGCCCGGAAUAAUCACAACCGACCUUCAGCAAGUUCUUCAAACAUAUCCAUCAUCAGUCAUAACGCAUGACAAAGCCAUCAAUGUUAGUCAUGUCUCCGAAUCACUCUUCAGAUACCUACUUAAUCUCGAGAAAGAUGUUGUUUGACCCAUGCGAGGAUAAGCACGGGGUCGCAGUCCUCAGAGUAGUACUCAUGUCUGGCCCUGUUACAACUGUUGUAGGGUGCCCCUGACAUGAGUACCGUCAGACUUUUCAAAUCUCUAUAACGCAUAGUGUGUC